ACGUUAACUGCAGUAGACUAGCUAGCUAGCUAGCUAGUAUUGUUGAAGAUAAAAUAUGGGUGAAGUUACGUUACAAGUUAACUGGUAUCAGACUCUCCCCCAGGUUGCGGGCCCAUAAGCAUGUCCACAGAUGACAGUAUCUCUGAGGAUGUGUCCAGCCUGGGGGCCCUGAGCCACUGCCAUGCCGAUGCCAACGGGGAAGGGGGUAAGGAGAGUGAGUCCUCAGAGGGCACCUCAGCAGCCUCUGGCCUGGGGCUGGGACUUGAACUUGGGUUGGGGCUGGCCAGGACAGAGGAACGCAACACCACCUCCAAGACUGCAGGGGGAACCGUAGAUGGGAGAGCUGAAGACAUCACACCAGCAUGCAGUCUCCCCAACAAGAUCAGGAGCCUGUGUCUGAGUACGGAGGAGGCCUUUGGGCCUGGCAAGAGCCUCCCCUUCAUCAACCCCUCCUCCCUGGAGACCCUCAGAGCCUUGGUCCAGGAGAUCCAGAGUAGUGGGGAGACUGACCCGGAGAUGUGGAAGGACUGUGAGGGCCGAUGGCUGCAUCUGUUCCAGCUAGUAGAGAAACAGUACCAAGAACAGAUCCUGGCUCAGCAAGAACAGUACCAGUGCCAAAUACAGCUGAUUCAGGAUGAGAUCAAAGCCUUGGUUCAGCUCCAGAACCGCCAGACCAGCACACAGAUGCACCACGAUUACCCAUAUACCCCUACUGCUACCACUAACACACAGACACAUCACAAUUACCCAUCUACUCUGUCUACUGUCACACAGACACACCCAGACUACACCUCUUCCCCUGUUGUUACUACCAACCACCCUUCACCCUCCACGGACCUUCCCAAUGGGAACUCGCCUCUCUCUGCUCCCCCCACCUCCCUCUCUGUCCCACAACCUGUUCUGAGCCUCACCUUCCCUCUACCCCCAUCCCCUCGGCCAGGGCCGGUCACCCCAAGAGAGAGGUGGGCUGAGGGGGCAGGGACGGUGCUGAGCAGUGGGUACGGGACCCUGUCAGCCUGGGGGUCAUGGCUGGAGGGGACAAAGACUCUGGGGGGAGUAGAGGAGAGAGGCCGGUGUAUAGAGGAGCCUGGCUGGUCCCUUCACCUCCAGGACUACACAGAGACCAUUCUGAUUGGCCAGGAGGGUCAGCAGAGGAGUGCCUCGGCCAAUGAGGUGGCUCCUAGAGACAAUCCUAGUACACCACCUGAGCAGCAGAGAACCUCCAGCCAACCGCUGACCUCUUGGGCUCAAAGACAGAGACGCAGCAAACCCAAGAAGAGCAGGGUGGGGCAGGCCCAACCUCCCCUGGCCUCCCCCUCACCCCUCCAGGCCCCGUCCCCGGGCCAGAGCGGCCCUCAGACCUCUUCCUCCCAGGAGCAGCAGCCCUGCCCCAGGCAGAGCCCUAGAGACGGCCCCCUGGAGAACACUGACCUCCAGGACCAGCAUGGGUCGGCUGCUACCUUCAAUAACUCCUUCCCUCUGAAGAGAAGUGACAGCCUCAUGUCUGAGGCCUCAGGUCUGACGUACUGGCGCCUGGAUGAAAGUGAGCUCUACCGCCCCCUACCUGACAGCUUUGACAGUGGAGCCUACCUCCUGCUGCAGGAGGCAUCUAUCAGUCUGACCUCUCCAGAGGACCAGAAGCUGUCUCUCAGAGAGAUCUACCACAACAAGCAGAGAACUACUGAAUCUAAACACUGGGACCGCUCUCUCACCUGCAGCCCCACGUCACCACAGGUGUUAACUCUAGAUCCCAGCAUUCAGCUCCGUCAAUCAGAUCGAACCUCCGGUUUCACCUCGCCCUCCCACUUCAGCAGCCCCUCUUACCCCACCCAGCCGCACCUCUACCCCCGCGUUGACACCUCCGUCAGCCCAGACAGCAUGGCCGAGGGCAGUGCCAACCCCGGGGACACAGACUGCACCUCCAACGCCUCCAGCCUCUCUGCGGUCGCACCUAACCUAUCCAGAGUGGCCUCUGCUCGGAUAAAACUGGCCCCGUCGUCCCCCUCAACCUCCAAGCCCAGCAGCCAGCAACGCAAGGCCUUAGCCACUCAGGCCAGCGAGGAGGAGGGGAGCCGCACACACACCAGCACCCUGAAGCAACUGUCUGGGAGGCAGACGCACUCACACACACUCUCCCAGGGCAGCCCUCGUAUGGAGAAAGCGGCGUCACUGGAAGACCCUGUGGUUGUCUCUCUGCUGAGAGAGAAGCUGAGGGAGAAACACUCUCGUCAUGUAGCCGAUCUGAAGGCUUACUACGAGGCAGAGAUCAAAGUCCUCCGGGACAAACUGGACCUGAGAGACCUGCCUCACGACCUGGAGCAGAGCAACAACACACUCAGACAGAGGUGUGCUCAGCUAGAGCGAGCUCUGUCUGAAGCCAGCAGCCGUAUCCAGGAGCUGGAGAACAAGAACACCAUCCUGGAGAAACAACUGGCUGACUGGCCGGAGCACUACGAUACAGCCUGCUCCACGGCAACGUCCCUGCAGCAGCGAUUGGACGAGAGCAGGCAGUCAGGCAGGGAGAAGGACUCCUCGGCCGGCCGCCUCAGGACCCGUGUCCGGCAGCUAGAGGAGGCCUUGGAGAACGCCUGCAGAGAAACACAAGAGAAGGAGGCCAGGAGGGAGAGGGAGUACAAGAUGCUGCAGGACCUUCUGGGAGAGUAUGACUCUCUGAAGAAAGACCACGAGGGGGUUAAGGACAACCUGGUGUCUACAGAGAACAAGCUGUGUAAUGCUAAUGAGCAGAUUUCUGAACUAAAAAGGGUGAUCUGUAAGCUGGAGAGCCAGGUGAAUCAGCUUGAGCAUGAGAACCAGGCCAGGAAUCGCCAGGCUGUCCACAACCACACACAGCCCUCUGGAGCCGGUCUGUACCACCAUCCGGACCUGCUGCUGUCGCCCAGCAAACACCCUUGGCAACCAGAAUCCUCCUAUAGAAUUUCUCCUUGCCCUCGAACUGACCAAUCACACAGCACUAGGAAGUCUCCCUGUCCUCAAGCCGACCAAUCGCAGAGUUACAGGAUGUCCCCUUGCCCUCAAACUGACCAAUCAGGCAGCUCGGGUCACUUUACAGACCACACUGGCAGCAGGAGGUGUUCAUCCCCUCCAGAGCGUGAACAGGACCAGGGUGAGGGUGUGAGGGAGGCUCGGGGGCCUCUGACCCCACUGAUGAGGGCCCUGAUAGAGCUGGAUGAGAGCAGGACCACUGAGGACCAGGCCCCCUGUAAGACCAGCCACAGUACCACUGACUCACUCUCACUGGCCUCCUGGUUGGGCAGCCGGAGGCCUAUUGUUGGCUUUAUAGAGAGAAACAACAGAGAACCACCAACACAGGACAGGGGCAGGGCUGUGGAGGACAGGGGCGGGACUGGACAUGAGAGUGGUGCUGCCGGAUCUGAAAGAGGCAUGGUCUGUCUGAAUAGAGGCAGGGAUGGACCGCCCCAGGGUGUGGCUUCUCCUGGAAGGGCUGUGUCUGGGACAUUCAGGGGUGUGUCUCUGCUAAGAGCCCAGAGAAGUCUGUCACCAGAAGGCCACAGGUCCUCCUCUCUGCCCCCCCGCGCCCAGAGGGUCACCUUCCCCCCUACUACACCCACUAAGAGAGAGACUCUGAUGAUGCCUCUGUCGGCUAAAUCCAGCCCCAAACGCUGUCCUACAGAGAACUACUCCACUGCCUUUGGCAAUCCACCACCACGACAACAGCAGCUACACAACAGGUUUGACGUGGCGUUAGACCAGAGACGCCACUCCUUCCACAACUCCAGCCCCAGGAAGAGACUGUUUUCAGAUGCCACCCAGCGGUCAUCUGGUGGUUCAGUGGAGUCAUCGGGCAGUAUUGAGCCCCAGGAGGGUGUGUGUGGGCUGGGCUGGGAGGAGCAGGGGGCUGGGGUGUCAGGCUCAGACCUCCAGGACCCCGGGACAGACCUACAGACCAGGCUCCACUCCCUGGCCGACGCUGAGAGGCUGUUUGACGAACUCACUAUGGAGAAACAACAGAUUGAGUCAGCGUUGAGCCGGAUGCCUGGAUCUGGUGGGAGGGUGAGCCUGCAGACCAGGUUAGAUGAGGUGGCCUUAGAGAACCGUCUAGAGAGUGUAAAUCGUGACCUGGGUUCCAUCCGCAUGGCCCUGAAGAGGUUCCACGUUCUACGCUCCUCUGCCAACAUAUAGCAAUGUUUUUAUUAGAUGACGUCAUAGGUAGGGUCUAGGGUUUUUCCUGGUCAGAUUGCAUGGUCAGGAAAAACUCCUGUUCCUAGUUAUAGAUGAAUAAAUGUCACAGUUUUCUGUGAAGUAGUUUGAUAAAGAACCCUGAUUGUCCUCUCUUAAUUCGCAGGUUGGCAUUUAUUGAGAUGACUCAUGUACUCGAGCAGCUCUGCAGAGUGGUCACACUAGCUGGCACAUCCACAAUGUCAUAAAAUCUGAUUUAAAACCUAACCUUAACCACACUGCUAACCCUAAUGUCUAACCUUAAAGGGACAUUUCAA